UCGCCCGACAUGAUAACAACGUAGUAAAAGCAGGUCAAAUUAACCAGAUAUUUGACACGUUAGGUCUACGUUUUAAUGUGAAUUUUUCAACAGGAAGUGGCCAUUUUCCUGCGGACGGUUCAAAUUCCAGUGGUGAAUAAUUCACAAAUCACUCGUGUAUUGGUCAUCAGUACACUGCACCUCACCUCAGAACGAACCUUAAUUAUUAUAAACAUGGAAGUGAAAGGAGUAAAGUCGUGUGAACUAUGGUGCAUGCUCAGAGACUCAGAUUUAGAGGAUAACAAGAGAAUUUUAGUGUUGGAUUGUCGUUCAUUUCUCUGUUUCAACAUUGGACAUGUAAAAUUUUCCCAUAAUAUCCACAUUCCACCAAUAUUAAAGAGGAGAUCGGGUGGUACAACAUCUUUAUCAAAUGUCAUCACAUGCAAAAACACUAGAAACCUAUUACUUAAAGGAGACUUUUUUGAAAGUGUAGUUCUAAUUGAUGAUGAUAAUGUGGAAAAUAUUGAACAAUUAGACCCUAAAACAAACAUUGCACUCGUCCUAAAAAGUCUACAAGAUUCCACUGAACUAAAAGAAGUGUUCGUGUUGCUAGAUGGUUACAAGACCUUUUCAGCCGAAUGGCCGCAGAUGUGCAUCCGUAGCUCUGAGGCUGAUCCCCGGCUGACCCAUUCCCUCUCCCUACCCUCAUCAAAGACACCCCUCACACGGCAGGAGAAAGUCUAUGCCAGUCUCACAAAUCAGGGUCAGCCAGCUGAGAUUCUCCCAUGGUUAUACCUGGGCAGUGCCUACCAUUCAGCACAGAAACAGCAACUCUUAGACUUUGGGAUAACUGCCAUACUUAACGUAUCAAACACAAUCAGCCCCAAAUAUCCUGAAUCAUUUGACUACCAUCGGGUCCCAGUAGAUGACACUGCAAAUGCAAACAUUAAGGGUUGGUUUCCCGAAGCAAUAAAAUUUAUAGAAGAGGUUCGGAGUAAUGCUGGUAGAGUACUGGUCCAUUGUCAGGCAGGAAUAAGCCGCUCUGCAACAGUCUGUAUAGCUUACAUAAUGCAAACAAAGCAGCACGUAUUGGAGGAGGCUUUUGAUUAUGUGCGAUCCUGUCGAAAUGUUAUAAAUCCAAAUCUAAACUUUAUGCGACAAUUAAUGGAAUUUGAGCAGGAGUUAUUUAAAGCUGAUCUACAAGACAUUCCCAUGUUGGCGGUACAUUCCCCGACUCUCAAGCUUGAUGCAACAAUUACCCAUACAGAAAUCGUACAAACUAAUGGACACUGCUCAUCUCCAUUCUUGCUUCCGGGUUCCCCUGAUUCUGCGUUGAAGACACUCUCUGCACCAAUGUCGUGUCCACUUCCAAAAUCAACUUCACAUUUUAGUUUUGACUUUGGAUCUUUAAUAUCUGAUCAGCGAGGGUCUGGGCCAUUUUGUGGUGUAUUUUCAUCCCCCAUCCAAAGCUUUAUGUCCAGUCCGCUUAUAUCUCCAAGUUGAAGAUAAAGUUGAGACCAGGAGGUAACUUACACAUUCUCUCACAAGAGCUGGAACCUCACUCCCUGGUGUCCUACAGUUUUGACAAGGCUAUGUCUGUGACUAUAUCAAGUAAGAAAUAGUCACCAUAAUGUAAAAUGGGGAGUGACAUGCAGUUAAAGUUGCAAUAAAAUGUGAGGACUGUUUCUGUAGAUACAGAUAGGUCUGCAUUGAAAAUGAUCUGCUAGGGAGAGCUGUAUUGAACAUUAUAUUUAUUAAUCCUGACAUGGGUACAUUGAACCUUAUCAAUGGAGACUACCUCAGCACUAAGCUAUAGUUCCAUGUAAAAUAAUGUCAAAUGUAUUUAAUAUAUUGAAUGUAAGAUAUUACACUACAUAUUUUUGGAAUUAUAAAAAUUCUCGGUUUUGUCAUGAUAUAGAUAUUAGAGAUAAAUUGUUUAUACAGUGCUAAAUAUGUACAUAUUUUAUCAAAUUAUAAAAAAUGCAUUUGUAAAAUUAGGUUAGCUCUAAUCAAAGAGAUGCCAUAAGUAGGCCCAGAGGCUCUGGAUCAUGUGGGCGAGAAAUGUGAAGCAAUUUUCUAAGAAUCAAUUCUAGAUCUGGUAUGUUAUGUUCACUUUUUAUACCAUGUUGGAAUUCUCAUUACCCUUUCUAAUUGUUGAUUUUUUUCUUUAAAAGAGAGCUUUAUUCACCUUCCUAAUGAAAAUUGGAGGAAUAGAGUUUUAUGCUUUCUCAAGUUCCUGGCAUUCAUUUUAUUGUAAUAGUCCCAUUAAAUGCCAUCACAGCUACUUUUGGAGUGAUUUGUAUCUUAUCAGCAUCACAAUUGGUCAUUUAUUUCUCUUAUUCAGAGUCUAAUAUCUAUGCUUUGGCCCCAGGGUAAAUUCUUGGUAGCUAGUAAUAUUUUCUGUCAUUAUUCUCCUGAUUUAUCAUGAUUAUUAGCAUUACAUGUAAUUAUUGUGAAAAUUCAGACACUUGGCAUUUAAAACAUUCUUCUUAGAUUUUUACAAUCCUGAGAUGUUUUUAUUAGACAAUAAUGCACACAUAUCUUUCAACGCAUAAAAAUUGAAAAAACUCCCUAUUUUAUGAAAAAUCUUCUAUUUGAUUGAUCAGAAGUUAAAUCAAGUACUAAAGUAGGAGUUUUUUGUUCAGUUAUGACAUAUUGUUUUUCAUGCUGGUAUAUUUCUUUCAUGGGGCUAUUUCUACCUUGGCCAAUAUAAUUUAAGUUCCAGCAAAAUAACCCAUUGCGUGAGAGACCCAGGGUAAUCAGGUAAUCAUUACCAUCAAAACAAAAUUUUCAUAUUUUAUACAAAAUUUCUGUAAAGAAUACCAUGCUGAGAGCCAGGCAUUGUCUCUGAAAUUGGAUGUUAUUUACCUGCAAUGUACUUACAGAAAUAUGUGGGCGACUGGUUUUAAUAAGUAUUUGCAAGUAAUGAAUUUCUUGGUAUUUACAAUAUACAAGUCAUUGAAGUCAAUGACCUUACUUUGUUUCAUAGAAGUAGGCUGGUUUGUGAGCAUGUAGUUACAGUGGAUGAAAAUUCAUUAGAUGUCAUUCUAUAAGUAAUAUGUACAGUACCAAUUUACCUGGUAUUUUGGCUUCUACUUCAGUCCUUGUAAAUUGCCAAAUUUGUGUAGCAAAAUUAUUUGUAAGAGUCUGAUUUAAAAUUCAAUAAUUAGAUACCAUGUGUAUAUUUAUUAUAAAAAAUGAUAUGUUGUACAAUUAACCUCUUGUAUCCCAGGCUCUAAAAUCAGUUUGAAACAAGCGAAUUUUUCACUUUUGACAUUUUACUAAAUACAUUUACAAUAGGUGAUGCUCAAUUUAGUGAAAUUAGUCGACAGAGAUCAUUUCUACAC